CGUGCUGAGCCCAUUAAUGCAGUACUCCAGUAACUGUGCUGCUGGUUUUAGUUCAUUUCCAGUCCAGACCCAGUCUUAUGGAUUGCGCUUGCCUUCUCGACACUGCCGCACCAAACAUCCUCCAUACUGGAGUAAACAGCUGGGAUAUGGAGCUCAAAACGCAAGAGUCGACUAGACAGAAACGGAGCAAAGCGUCAUCUUAAUAUUCUCAAAGGACAAACCACGAUAGAAGAGUAAAACAUUAGAACACCAGAAAGCGAGAACGUUAUCUGACCUUUCAGGAGUCUCCCUUUGUUUAGGAAGUAAAAGGCGAAAAAGAAGAAAAAGUUGAAAAGGGGAACGGAUUUGUUUACCUUACUUCGGGAGCUAAACCAAAAACACUUCCCAAACACAUUGGUGGAAAUGGGUGUGGUAGUGUUUUGGACGAAGCCUCAGUCUGAGGACAGCUGUAGUGUUGAGGAGGGAGCAGCCUCUCUUUAGCACAAAGGCACACGUCUUCCAGAUCGAUCCGGCCACUAAGCGAAACUGGAUUCCUGCCAGCAAGCAUGCCGUCACUGUGUCAUUCUUCUAUGACGCCAGCAGGACUGUGUAUCGCAUUAUCAGCGUCGGAGGCACGAAGGCGAUUAUAAACAGCACGGUAACACCAAACAUGACCUUCACCAAGACUUCGCAGAAAUUUGGGCAGUGGGCAGACAGCAGGGCAAACACCGUGUAUGGAUUAGGCUUUCCUACAGAGCAGCAUCUUCAACAGUUCUCAGAACAGUUCAAAGAAGUCAAGGAAGCUGCACGUCUCGUGAGGGAGAAGUCGCAAGAGAAGUUUGAGCUGAUCGGUCCUGGUUUAAACAUCGCUCCUCUUCAGCUUUCUGCUCUUCAGGCUCUUUCUGAAGACCGCCGCUCUCCGACUGCACUCCUGUGUGUAAAUGGCUCUGGGGAGGACAAGCUGUUUCGAAGCAAGAGCGCAGACCUUGAGCCGGCCUCGAAGAAGGAGUGUGUUAAAAAGAUUCGCUCAGAAGGAUCCAUAUGUGAGACGAGCAUGGAGGCCGAGCUGUUCACUCUGAGGGAGAGCAACGCUAAGCUCGUCACAGCGCUGCGUGAAGCCAACAGCAGCAUUGAACAGUGGAAGAAUCAGCUCUCGGAGUAUCAGCAGGAGACACACAGACUCCGAGACCAGGUGGCCGAGCUGGAAGAACAAAGCGGACAUUCUGCUUCAAGCGAGAACAAGACCGAGGAUCUCUUCCAGUCUGUAGAGGACAUGGAAGCCCUCUUAAAGGCUAAAGAUGAAGAAAUUAACAAGCUCCAAGGCAGGAAAUCAGAUUUCCAGGAUUUGGUGAAGGAGAGGGAGGAGAUUAAUAAUAGAAUGCAGGAGCUGGAGCAGAAGAACUUGGAGCUGGAACAGCAAGUACAGAAAGCAGAGCAGAAUUUAGCAUCUUCGAUGGAGGCACGGCAGCUGGCAGAGAGCCAAGUGCGGAAAGUCAUCGAAGUGCUGGACGUCAAGAUUUUUGAUCUGAACAACUUGAGGCAGAGUCUGGCCAACUUUUUAGAUAAAUAGCACCAAUCACGAGCGACUGAAUCGUACAGGCAUGUAGAGAAGAAGCACGCCAAUUAAUUCCUCUUAAACAUGAGUCUGCUAUAGUGGGAUACAUUACCUUUUAUAAAUCUGAGAAGAAAAUUGGCAACGUUGCACUUCACUCAGUCACUAAAACUAAAGUUUAGUGGCAGACCCACGAUUAUUAGUAUAAGACUUGGAUUUUAUCCUUCAACAUUUCUGUUAUUCUUGUAAAAAUGCAUGCUACUUGUUACUGAAUGUUUCUCUAAUGUUUUCUCUGCCUUCACUUCAUUCACAUCCUGAUAGAUCAACCCGGGUGGCUUAUAUUUUUUCCAUAAAUCAUCACCUGACAAUAUGAACUGAAAAGCGUAGGAACUGAUGUGAUUCUCUGAUCUGAUAACAUUUCUUGAGUGCUUCGUCUACGGUACGUGUGCACGUAGGCUGUUCGUUCCCAUUUACAAGCAGAAUGUAAUUAAUGGUAGAGUUGGGAGUUGCAAUUAAGGUCUUGUAUAACUGGGAUUAAACUAAAAGUAUAAAUAGAUAUAUAGUAGUAUGUACGUUUCUGAUAUGUUUUGUGUAUUAUACACUAUUGAAGGUUGCAAAGGAUGUAGUGACAGAAACACUAUCAUUUGUAGCACAGAUUAAUGUAACUCUUAGUAGGUACGCUGCCAAAUGUUCACUCCUGACCUUCGACAGAGCUUUCAGCAAGAUGAUGAUGAACAGCAAGCCAUUAGUUUACAGUAUCAUCACUACUUCUUUACCACUACCGUCGUUAAAAAGGCUGCUUGUCUUUGAAUUUUUAAGGGAUUUGUAAAUCUGUGUAUUGUUGAUAUAAUCUACUCUAUUGCAUAUACACUAUAUGGCCAAAUGUAUAUAGAAACCUGACCAUCACAUUCAUAUGUGGUUCGUCCCCAAGCUUUUGUUCACAUGUUUGAAUUACACAAUUGUAUAGAAUGUCUUUGUUCAUUGUAGCAUUAUAAAUUCACUUCGCUGGAACCUAAGAGGCACAAACCACGCUCCAUGAAGACAUGAUGUGUUAAUGUGGGACUGGAAGAACUCGUGUCCUGACUCAACCCGACCAAACACGUUCAGGAUGAACUGGAAUACUGACUGAACCCCAGACGUGACCUCACCGGUAGAUAAAGGAGUACAAAUCCACACGACCACCUCCAAAAUCUAGUGGAAAGCCUUACAGAAGAGUUGCUAUAACCGUGAAUGAUGUAAUAAAUCUGGACUGAUGUUCAACAUGCACUUAUAUGUAGUCAGGUGUCCACAUACUUUUGGCCUUAUAGUGUAUGCUUGACUGUGGGAUAUUGAGACGGCUAAUGUAGGACUGAAAAAAGAUGAUGAGACUCCAAGUGGAGAGCUCCUGUGAACUGGAUUGAUUCGCUGCUUAUUUAUAGUACUUUCGUACUGUAUAUUCCAUCUGAUUCCUUCCUUUAAUUUUUUUUUUUUUUGUAGGAAUACAUUUAGAAUAUGUCUUUGCACAAUAACUCCUCAAGGACUUUAUACUAACUUCCUGCUUCAGCUGUGAACUCUUUACUAUUCAUUUUUAAGUGUCAUAUUGCAAAUUUAGCUUAAAAUCUGCUUUUUCUUAUAACGCCAGUUAAGCAGAGCCGUUAAAAAAUGUGCCGAUGUUCAGCUACUCACAAGCUCUGGAUCCUCACCAAGCAUGAUGAUCUUUUUCAGUGUUACUAUCUCUCUUUGAGCAUCUCUCUGUUCUCCAUUCACAAUAACUUUUUGAUUAAAUGCUAUUUUUCUAAUGCUUGAAUAUGAGAAAUGUUGUCCUUUUUUCAAUUGGGUCACAAUGAAAGGUACUGUCUUAUCUUCUGUGAAUCUAUACAUUGUAUCGGACAAUGCUUUCUCAAUACCCUGAGCUCAAUUAUAACCAAUUACCUUGUUUUGUUUGGUCUGUGUGAACUUAAAAAAAAAUAUUGAAACGCUCUUGGAGGAUAGAAAUAUUGCGUUUAGCUAUAUCUGCUUUUUAUAGUCUGCCUGCAUUUCCUUACCAUCUGAAAAGUAGGCGGUUUCCUUACCAUCUGAAAAGUAAGUGGUUUAGCAGAAAAUUGUUUGGUCUGUUUUUAGCAGAUUGCGAGUUUACAUCCUGAUGAUUCCACACCAUGCAUCACUAGGAGUCUGGAGAGUAAAAUUGGCCAUGCUGUCUGGUAGGGAGGGAUGAUGUACUUUCUCUUCACUGUCAAGCAACGGUAAUGGGCAUCUUGUAUGUGGAAGAGAAGAGAUGUUCUGUUCAAUGCACUGCACUGUUCAAUGGUAGCUCAUGUGUUGGACUAUUGAUCAGAAGGUUAUGAGUUCAAAUCCCAGGUCCACUAAGCUGCCACUGCUGGAACCCUGAGCAAGGCCCUUAACUGUUGUAUAAAAGAAGAGAGAUAAAUGUAAGUCAGUCUGCCAAAUACCGUGUCUGUCUGGAUAAUGUGUAACAGAGAAACCGUUGUUAGUGCUCAACCUCCCCGGUUGGUGCUAGUUGUAUGAAUACGU